AUGCAGAGGUGUAAGUCAGGCCAUCACUAGGGCCAGGAGUUGAUACUAACCUUAUGACUGGACCAGGGAAAACUACCUAGUCUUACCCAUAGCAUAUUGGGGGGGGAAGCAUUUCUUGAUGGAUUGCUUGAAAGUUCACUUCUUUGUGUUUUUGUUUUUCUCAUAGUUAAUGUUGGUGAGGAUUGUCCUGUCUUUGAUGGGUUGUUUGAGUUUUGCCAGUUGUCUACUGGUGGCUCUGCUGGUAAGUGUAUACAUGCAUGCAUACAUAUAGUGCCUUCGGGAGGUAUUCAGACCCUUAACCUUUUCCACAUUUUUUUACAUUACAGCCUUAUUCUAAAAUGGAUUUAAAAAAAUCCUCAGCAAUCUACACGCAUUACCCCAUAAUGACAAAGCGAAAACAGGUUUGUAAAAAUGUUUGCAAAUUUAUUAAAAAUAAAAAAAACAGAAACCUUAUUUACAUAAGUAUUCAGACCCUUUGCUAUGAGACUCGAAAUGGAGCUCAGGUGCAUCCUAUUUCCAUUGAUCAUCGUUGAGAUGUUUCUACAACUUGAUUGGAGUCCAACUGUGAUCAAUUCAAUUGAUUGGACAUGAUUUGGAUAGGCACACACCUGGCUAUAUAAGGUCCCACAGUUGACAGUGUAUGUCAGAGCAAAAACCAAACCAUGAGGUCAAAGGAAUUGUCCGUAGAGCGCCGAGACAGGAUUGUGUCGAGGCACAGAUCUGGAGAAGGGUACCAAAAAAUGACUGCAGCUUUAAGGUCCCCAAGAACACAGUGGCCUCCAUCAUUCUUAAAUGGAAGAAGUUUGGAACCACCAAGACUCUUCCUAGAGCUGGCUGCCCGGCCAAACCGAGCAAUCGGGGGAGAAGGGCCUUGGUCAGGGAGGUGACCAAGAACCCGAUGGUCACUCUGGCAGAGCUCUAGAGUUCCUCUGUGGAGAUGGGAGAACCUUCCAGAAGGACAACCAUCUCUGCAGCACGCCACCAAUCAGGCCUUUAUGGUAGAGUGGCCACAUGGAAGCCACUCUUCAGUAAAAGGCUAAUGACAGCCCGCUUGGAGUUUGCCAAAAGGCACCUAAAGACUCUCAGACCAUGAGAAACAAGAUUCUCUGGUCUGAUGAAACCAAGAUUGAACUCUUUGGCCUGAAUGCCAAGCGUCACGUCUGGACGAAACCUGGCACCAUCCAUACGGUGAAGCAUGCUGUAGGGAUGUUUUUCAGCGGGGGAAGAUGAACGGAGCAAAGUACAGAGAGAUCCUUGAUGAAAACCUGCUCCAGAGCGCUCAGGACCUCAGACUGGGGAGAAGGUUCAACUUCCAACAGGACAACGACCCAAAGCACACAGCCAAGACAACGCAGGAGUGGCUUUGGGAGAAGUCUCUGAAUGUCCUUGAGUGGCCCAGCCAGAGCCCGGUCUUGAACCCGAUCAAACAUCUCUGGAGAGACCUGAAAAUAGCUGUGCAGCAACGCUCCCCAUCCAACCUGACAGAGCUUGAGAGGAUCUGCAAAGAAGAAUGGGAGAAACUCCCCAAAUACAGGUGUGCCAAGCUUGUAGCAUAAUACCAUAGAAGACUCGAUGCUGCCAAAGGUGCUUCAACAAAGUACUGAGUAAAUGGUCUGAAUACUUAUGUAAAUGUGAUAUUUCAGUUUUUAUUUUUAAUAAAUUAGCAAAAGUGUCUAAACCUGUUUUUGCGUUGUCAUUAUGGAGUAUUGUGUAUAGAUUGGUGAGGGGGGGGGGGGGGGACAAUUUAAUCAAUGUUAGAAUAAGGUUGUAACGUAACAAAAUGUGGAAAAAGUCAAGGGGUCUGAAUACUUUCCCACGGAUACAUACACUACAUGGCCAAAAGUAUGUGGACACCUGCUUGUUGAACAUCUCAUUCCAAAAUCAUGAGCAUUAAUAUGGAGUUGGUCCCCCCUUUGCUGCUAUAACAGCCUCCACUUUUCUGGGAUGGCUUUCCAGUAGAUGUUGGAACAUUGCUGUGGGGACUUGCUUACAUUCAGCCACGAGCAUUAGUUAGGUCGGGCGCUGAUAUUGGGCGAUUAGGCCUUGCUCGCAGUUGGAGUUCCAAUUCAUCACAAAGGUGUUCGAUGAGGUCAGGGCUCUGUGCAGGCCAGUCAAGUUCUUCCACACCGAUCUCGACAAAUCAUUUCUGAAUGGACCUCGCUUUGUGCAUGGGGGCAUUGUCGUGCUGAAACAGCAAAGGGCCUUCCCCAAACUGUUGCCACAAAGUUGUAAGCACAGAAUCGACUAGAAUGUUAUUGUAUGCUGUAGAAUUAAGAUUUCCUUUCACUGGAACUAAGGACCCUAGCCCGAACCAUGAAGAAUAGCCCCAGACCAUUAUUCCUCCUCCACCAAAUUUUAUAUUUGGCACUAUGCAUUUGGGAAGGUAGCGUUCUCCUGGCAUCCGCCAAAUCCAGAUGAGUCUGUUGGACUGCCAGAUAGCGUGAUUCAUCACUCCAGAGAACGCGUUUCCACUGCUCCAGAAUCCAAUGACUGAGAGCUUUACACCACUCCAGCCGAUGCUUGGCAUUGCGCAUGGUGAUCUUAGGCUUGUGUGUACUUGCUCGGCCAUGGAAACCCAUUUCAUGAAGCUCCCGACGAACAGUUCUUGUGCUGAAGUUGCUUCCAGAGGCAGUUUGGAACUCUGUAAUGAGUGUUGCAACCGAGGACAGAAGAUUAAGGCCAUUCUACUGCCAAUGUUUGUCUAUGGAGAUUGCAUGAAGGGGUGUCCACAUACUUUUGUGUGUAUAUGUGUGUGUGUGUAUAUAUAUAUAUAUAUAUAUAUAUAUAUGAGAGAUAGAGAACUGUUAAAGUUUGAGGUCACUUAGAAAUGUCCUUGUUUCGAAAGAAAAGCAAUUUUUUUGUCCAUUUAAAAUAACAUCAAAUUGAUCAGAAAUACAGUGUAGACAUUGUUAAUGUUGUAAAUGGCUAUUGUAAUGGAAUAUCUACAUAGGUGUACAGAGGCCCAUUUAUCAGCAACCAUCAUUCCUGUGUUCCAAUGGCACGUUGUGUUUGCUAAUCCAAGCUUAUCAUUUUAAAAGGCUAAUUGAUCAUUAGAAAACCCUUUUACAAUUAUGUUAGCACAGCUGACAACUGUUGUGCUGAUUUUAAAGAAGCAAUAAAACUGGCCUUCUUGAGACUAGUUGAGGAUCUGGAGCAUCAGCAAUUGUGGGUUUGAUUACAGGCUCAAAAUGGCCAGAAACAAUUUUCUUCUGAAACUCGUCAGUCUAUUCUUGUUCUGAGAAAUGAAGGCUAUUCCAUGCAAGAAAAAGCCAAGAAACUGAAGAUCUCAUACAUUUACAUUUACAUUUUAGUCAUUUAGCAGACGCUCUUAUCCAGAGCGACUUACAGUUAGUGCAUUCAUUAUUUAUUUUUUAUUUUAAAAAAUCAUACUGGCCCCCCGUGGGAAUCGAACCCACAACCCUGGCGUUGCAAACGCCAUGCUCUACCAACUGAGCUACAUCCCUGCCGGCCAUUCCCUCCCCUACCCUGGACGACGCUGGGCCAAUUGUGCGCCGUCGCUGUGUAAUACUUCCUUCACAGAACAGCGCAAACUGGCUCUAACCAGAAUAGAAAGAGUAGUGGGAGGCCCCGGUGCACAACUGGGCAAGAGGACAAAUACAUUCGUUUCUAGUUUGAGAAACAGACGCCUCACAGGUCCUCAACUGGCAGCUUCAUUAAAUAGUACCCGCAAAAGACCAGUCUCAAUGUCAACAGUGAAGAGGCGACUCCGGGAUGCUGACCUUCUAGGCAGAGUUGCAAAAAAAAAAAAAGCCAUAUCUCAGACUGCCCGUCUUAAUCUUUUUAUUUUUGUCUAUAUUCUCUGCUCAAAAAAAAUGGGAACACUAAAAUAACACAUCCUAGAUCUGAAUGAAUGAAAUAAUCUUAUUAAAUACGUUUUUCUUUACAUAGUUGAAUGUGCUGACAACAAAAUCACACAAAAAUUAUCAAUGGAAAUCAAAUGUAUCAACCCAUGGAGGUCUGGAUUUGGAGUCACCCUCAAAAUUAAAGUGGAAAACCACACUACAGGCUGAUCCAACUUUGAUGUAAUGUCCUUAAAACAAGUCAAAAUGAGGCUCAGUAGUGUGUAUGACCUCCCUACAACGCCUGGGCAUGCUCCUGAUGAGGUGGCGGAUGGUCUCCUGAGGGAUCUCCUCCCAGACCUGGACUAAAGCAUCCGCCAACUCCUGGACAGUCUGUGGUGCAACGUGGCGUUGGUGGAUGGAGCGAGACAUGAUGUCCCAGAUGUGCUCAAUUGGAUUCAGGUCUGGGGAACGGGCGGGCCAGUCCAUAGCAUCAAUGCCUUCCUCUUGCAGGAACUGCUGACACACUACAGCCACAUGAGGUCUAGCAUUGUCUUGCAUUAGGAGGAACCCAGGGCCAACCGCACCAGCAUAUGGUCUAACAAGGGGUCUGAGGAUCUCAUCUCGGUACCUAAUGGCAGUCAGGCUACCUCUGGCGAGCACAUGGAGGGCUGUGCGGCCCCCCCAAAGAAAUGCCACCCCACACCAUGACUGACCCACCGCCAAACCGGUCAUGCUGGAGGAUGUUGCAGGCAGCAGAACGUUCUCUGCGGCGUCUCCAGACUCUGUCACGUGCUCAGUGUGAACCUUCUUUCAUCUGUGAAGAGCACAGGGCGCCAGUGGCGAAUUUGCCAAUCUUGGUGUUCUCUGGCAAAUGCCAAACGUCCUGCACGGUGUUGGGCUGUAAGCACAACCCCCACCUGUGGACGUCGGGCCCUCAUACCACCCUCAUGGAGUCUGUUUCUGACCGUUUGUGCAGACACAUGCACAUUUGUGACCUGCUGGAGGUCAUUUUGCAGGGCUCUGGCAGUGCUCCUCCUGCUCCUCCUUGCACAAAGGCGGAGGUAGCAGUCCUGCUGCUGGGUUGUUGCCCUCCUACGGCCUCCUCCACGUCUCCUGAUGUACUGGCCUCCAUGCUCUGGACACUACGCUGACAGACACAGCAAACCUUCUUGCCACAGCUCGCAUUGAUGUGCCAUCCUGGAUGAGCUGCACUACCUGACCCACUUGUGUGUGUUGUAGACUCCGUCUCAUGCUACCACUAGAGUGAAAGCACCGUCAGCAUUCAAAAGUGACCAAAACAUCAGCCAGGAAGCAUAGGAACUGAGAAGUGGUCUGGUCACCACCUGCAAAACCAGUCCUUUAUUGGGGGUGUCUUGCUAAUUGCCUAUAAUUUCCACCUGUUGUCUAUUCCAUUUGCACAACAGCAUGUGAAAUGUAUUGUCAAUCAGUGUUGCUUCCUAAGUGGACAGUUUGAUUUCACAUAAGUGUGAUUGACUUGGAGUUACAUUUGUGUUUAAGUGUUCCCUUUAUUUUUUUUGAGCAGUGUAUUUGUGGAUAUACAGUGGGGAGAACAAGUAUUUGAUACACUGCCGAUUUUGCAGGUUUUCCUACUUACAAAGCAUGUAGAGGUCUGUAAUUUUUUAUCAUAGGUACACUUCAACUGUGAGAGACGGAAUCUAAAACAAAAAUCCAGAAAAUCACAUUGUAUGAUUUUAAAGUAAUUAAUUUGCAUUUUAUUGCAUGACAUAAGUAUUUGAUACAUCAGAAAAGCAGAACUUAAUAUUUGGUACAUAAACCUUUGUUUGCAAUUACAGAGAUCAUACGUUUCCUGUAGGUCUUGACCAGGUUUGCACACACUGCAGCAGGGAUUUUGGCCCACUCCUCCAUGCAUACCUUCUCCAGAUCCUUCAGGUUUCGGGGCUGUCGCUGGGCAAUACGGACUUUCAGCUCCCUCCAAAGAUGUUCUAUUGGGUUCAGGUCUGGAGACUGGCUAGGCCACUCCAGGACAUUGAGAUGCUUCUUACGGAGCCACUCGUUAGUUGCCCUGGCUGUGUGUUUCGGGUCGUUGUCAUGCUGGAAGACCCAGCCACGACCCAUCGUCAAUGCUCUUACUGAGGGAAGGAGGUUGUUGGCCAAGAUCUCGCGAUACAUGGCCCCAUCCAUCCUCCCCUCAAUACGGUGCAGUCAUCCUGUCCACUUUGCAGAAAAGCAUCCCCAAAGAAUGAUGUUUCCACCUCCAUGCUUCACGGUUGGGAUGGUGUUCUUGGGGUUGUACUCAUCCUUCGUCUUCCUCCAAACACGGCGAGUGGAGUUUAGACCAAAAAGCUCUAUUUUUGUCUCAUCAGAUCACAUGACCAUCUCCCAUUCCUCCUCUGGAUCAUCCAGAUGGUCAUUGGCAAACUUCAGACGGGCCUGGACAUGCGCUGGCUUGAGCAGGGGGACCUUGCGUGCGCUGCAGGAUUUUAAUCCAUGACAGCGUAGUGUGUUACUAAUGGUUUUCUUUGAGACUGUUGUCCCAGCUCUCUUCAGGUCAUUGACCAGGUCCUGCCGUGUAGUUCUGGGCUGAUCCCUCACCUUCCUCAUGAUCAUUGAUGCCCCACGAGGUGAGAUCUUGCAUGGAGCCCCAGACCGAGGGUGAUUGACCGUCAUCUUGAACUUCUUCCAUUUUCUAAUAAUUGCGCCAACAGUUGUUGCCUUCUCACCAAGCUGCUUGCCUAUUGUCCUGUAGCCCAUCCCAGCCUUGUGCAGGUCUACAAUUUUAUCCCUGAUGUCCUUACACAGCUCUCUGGUCUUGGCCAUUGUGUAGAGGUUGGAGUCUGUUUGAGUGUGUGGACAGGUGUUUUUUAUACAGGUAACGAGUUCAAACAGGUGCAGUUAAUACAGGUAAUGAGUGGAGAACAGGAGGGCUUCUUAAAGAAAAACUAACAGGUCUGUGAGAGCCGGAAUUCUUACUGGUUGGGAGGUGAUCAAAUACUUAUGUCAUGCAAUAAAAUGCAAAUUAAUUACUUAAAAAUCAUACAAUGUGAUUUUCUGGAUUUUUGUUUUAGAUUCCAUCUCUCACAGUUGAAUUUACCUAUGAUCAAAAUUACAGACCUCUACAUGCUUUGUAAGUAGGAAAGCCUGCAAAAUAGGCAGUGUGUCAAAUACUUGUUCUCCCCACUGAAUAUAGAUAUUACACACACAUCUGUAUGGGCAAAUCCGAUACCGUUUCACUAAACAUGUCCAAAGCAAAGGGAGGAAUCAUAAAAAUCAGACGGGUGUUGUCUCCAGUGCAUAGGAAGAGCACAACCCGCUCAGACAGCUGUGUCUGUCUGGUACCUUAGGCUUUAGGGAUUUGGCUUAGGGAGAUGCGGAUGUUGGGUUUUUUGUACACAUCAGUGUUUACUAGGUUUUAUUGAAGCUCUGUGUUGCUGUCAAUGAGGAUUUCUUUCUUACGCUUUUUAAAUAUUUUUGCUCUUUCAGCUCAAACUUGAGAUUUUCCUCAAUUUCUUUCAGCUGUAAAAAGUAGAACUAGUCCCUCUUGGUUUAGAAAUCGCAACAUAUGCUGGUGAAGAUAGUGUAACCAGAAAUAGUGUAAACAAAAACACGUUUUUCCUCCCUAUGCACAGCGGGAUCGGUGAAACUCAACAGGCAGCAGACGGACAUUGCGGUGAACUGGGCCGGUGGACUCCACCACGCUAAGAAGUCUGAGGCCUCUGGCUUCUGUUACGUCAAUGACAUCGUCGUGGCCAUUCUGGAGCUCCUCAAGUGAGUUUGUGUUCCCAGAUAGACACAGGCUGAACCGUAUGACUUCUACAAUGAAAAGCAUUAGUGAUGGUGACUUUCUUGUUGUUUUUGUGAACACCCUGAAAUAUCAACGUCUAUUCUACUAUGCAUGCCUCAGGUUUAAUUAUUCGCACCCAUCAAUUAAAUGUGUUGUUGAUAAGCCUGUCUCUCCUCCUUGUUCCCAGGUACCAUCAAAGGGUGCUGUACAUUGAUAUUGACAUCCACCAUGGGGAUGGAGUAGAGGAGGCCUUCUACACCACAGACAGGGUCAUGACCGUGUCCUUCCACAAAUAUGGAGAGUACUUCCCCGGGACUGGAGACCUCAGGGUGAGUACUUGGCUACGUCCCAAAUGGCGCUACUUUCGGCCAGCAGAAGUAGUGCAGUAUGAUUAGGAUGCCAUUUGGGACAUAGCCUCAUGUGUCACACCUCAAUAUGAACUUCCUGGUGCUCUGUUACAGAGUGGUCCGUUAAUGGCUGGUUAGAGACUUUCUUUCCACAAUUAUAGUUAAGAAUGUGUUAGAUUAGACAUGCUGACUAGACAAUCUCACUUCCAUUAUUUGUAGUAUUUUGCUUGGGAAGAGCGCUUUAUGAUGGAUGCAGUAUCUUAGUUAUGGAUUAGCAAGUGUGCACGUGUUAAAAUCCUCAAUUGCCACUCUCUGUUCUUAGGAUAUUGGAGCUGGAAAAGGCAAAUAUUACGCUGUCAACUUCCCCCUGAGGGAUGGCGUUGAUGAUGAGUCGUAUGAGCAGAUCUUCAAGCCUGUAAGUAUGCACAGGUAUUGCAGGGCAGUGUUCAGUGCUGAACACUAGUGGGGCUGCAGGUAGCCUAGCGGAUAAGAGCGUUGGGCCAGUAACCGAAAGGUCGUUGGUUCGAAUCCCAGAGUUGACUAGGUGAAAAAUCUGUUGCUGUGUCUGUGAGCAAGGCACUUAACACAUUGCUCCUGUAAAUCGCACUGGUCUAAGGUCGUCUGGUAAAUGACUAAAAUGUAAUGUAAAAUGUUCAUUUGUAAUAUCUUCAUUUACAGCCUUUUCUACUGAGUGUGCUGCCAUGGGCUCUUGUUGUUGAGCAGAGCUAUUGUCAAGGAAGUGAGUUUGUGUUUAUACAGGACCUACCUCCCCCAGCUAUCGUCAACCAAUCAUGUUAAUGCGGAGCUAUACGGAGCCCUCCGCGUUGUUGAAAAAUUUGGGAGGCGCACGGCAAUGCGGUACGGAGCUCAAUUUGGCCUCUGCAUGCCUCUGGAGGCUCAGCAAUUGCGUUCCACCCUCCAUACGGAGCCUCCGACCACAUUUUCAGAUCAAGCAUAAAUUGGCUUUUACCCUACGAGGUCCGGAUUCUGAUGGUUUUCUGUUUUACCUGAUAAUGAAUUGCACACACCUGGUGUCCCAGGUCUAAAUCAGUCCCUGAUUAGAGGGGAACAAUUAAAAAUGUGCUUUGUCUUGGCAGGUGAUGGCCAGGGUGAUGGAGAUGUACCAGCCCAGUGCAGUGGUGCUGCAGUGUGGAGCAGACUCCCUCUCAGGAGACCGACUGGGCUGCUUCAACCUCACCAUCCGCGGUAAGGAGGCUGUAUGCUAGUCGCCUUACCUGUUUGUGUACGAGUCCAUUUAAACUUGUAAAGCUUCAUUUAACUCUAAUGAUUGAGCCAGCAUUGGGAGUUGCACAGAAAUCUCUUUUUAGUCUGUCAUUUAUUGAAAAGUUAUGAUAAUCUAAUUUGUUAGAGAAGCGUAUUAGCCUUUUCUAAGCCUCCGUGUUGUUCCUAUAGUUAUGUGAUGUUUUGUCUCUUCAUGCUGCUUUUCCAUCAGGUCAUGCUAAGUGUGUUGAGUACAUGAAGUCGUUCAACCUUCCCCUGCUAAUGCUGGGUGGAGGAGGCUACACCAUCCGCAACGUGGCCCGCUGCUGGACCUACGAGACGGCCGUGGCUCUGGACACUGAGAUCCCUGACGGUGUGUUGAUUUUUCCUAUUCAAAAUGCCCCAUUUCCCACUCAUGCCAUUUUAAGGUGCUUUCCUCAUUUCAGUGUCGAUUGCCUAGACCUGUAUACUGCAGUGUAAAUAUCAAGCCAUUGAGGCUAGUGUACUUUACUUUUCAUAGUUUACUCAAUACAAUGUCUUCUCUCCCCCUGAGAUAUCGGCUGGGUCUCUAGAGAAAAUGUUACGUGGCUACAGCACUAGACAGGGGUUUUGUCCCAAAUGGCACCCUAUUCCCUACAUAGUGCACUACUUUUGGCCAGUGCCCUAUUAGCCCUGGUCAAAAGUAGUGCACUAUAUAGGGUUAAGGCCCUGGUCAAAAGUAGUGCAUUGCAAAGGGAAUAGGGUGCCAUUUGGGACGCAGACAGGGAUAGUCCUGGUCCUGACAUUAAUCUGCCUACUGGGAGCUGACUAAGCAGAAUGUCAGUGGGCCACCAAGUGUGUGAGAGAGAGGACAUUAUCACAGCAGUCAAAGGAGCUGGCAGUUUUCUUAAUGGGAUUUGGGACAUUAACAGAACCCUUACCCAUUGCAUUAUAACCUCUCAAGUGGAGGGUCUUGUAUAGGCGUAAAAAUCAAACGAACUGUCAUUUUUAUGUUUUUUUUUACCUGAAAGGGCUGAUAUUCUGACACUUUCUUUAAGUUAUGGCACAUAAAUCGGAACCUUCAUGUUAAUCUUGGCGCUGGCAUUUUCCUUUCCUCUUCCGUAUGAAGUUUUAUCUUUCUUUUCAGAACUGCCAUACAACGAUUACUUUGAGUACUUUGGGCCUGACUUCAAGUUGCACAUCAGCCCAUCCAACAUGACCAACCAGAACACAUUGGAGUACAUGGAUAAGAUCAAGUAAGGACUGCGUCUGUAAUGGACUAUCAAAUAUAGCAUAUCAGAUGUAUUCAGCUACUCCUAAGGAGUUGAAUGUUAUAUUAAGGAUGUGUGUGCAUUGAGGUUGUUGCAUCUGCAUUGUUAUUACUGUAAGAAAUUGUUAUUGUGGUAAGUGGUUUUCGUUGGCACAUAUGAUUUUCCAAAUUUCUUAGAGCCUUCUCGUGGGCUUUUGCACUGAUGGUGGUUACUGCGCUGACGGUGGUUACUGCGCUGAUGGUGGUUACACUAAAGCAAUUGCUUUUGUUUGUAUUAACCCAUAGGCAGCGUCUGUUUGAGAACCUGCGGAUGCUACCUCACGCCCCGGGAGUGCAGAUGCAGAUGAUCCCUGAGGACGCCAUCCCUGAUGAUACAAUGGAUGAGGAUACAGAGAACCCUGACAAACGCAUGUCCAGUAAGACACACCUUAUCUGACAAAUGACAUUCACUGUGUAUAGUCUAACUACUGCUGUUAUUAUGUCACUUAGGGGGUUCCAUUCUCAAUGUAUCAGUGGUUAGAUUUUCCACUAUGGAAUCCAUCAUGGAUCAUAUUGCCAGCAGCAUCUGAAUGUUAAUUUCCUGUCUUGUUUAAGUCCGUGCUUCAGACAAGAGGAUAGCCUGCGACGAGGAGUUCUCUGACUCUGAGGACGAGGGCGAGGGAGGAAGGAGGAACGAAGCCAAUCACAAGAAAGGAACUAAACGGGCUCGAGUAGAGGAGGGAGGGAAGAAAGAAAAAGUUGGUGAGUAUUCAAAACUUGGUUAUCCUGAGUACAAACCUUUUUGGAAAGAACUUUCAAGAACACUUCAUUUUAGAUAAGUUGACUUAGAUGAAGAGGACAUUUUGAGAUAUAUAUGAUAGAAAAGUAGAAAUGUUUAAUUGAUGAUAACUUGAUGUGAUACAACUUGUUUAUUUGUGCUGUCUUCUGUACAGAGUUGGAGAAAGCAAAGGAAACAAGCACUGAGAAAACUGACACAAAAAGGUAG